ACUAACGUGGACCAGCUCUAACCGGAGGUGGGCGCUCCGGUCCUCGGUUCUGGCUGCAGUUAUGUCCGCCGUGUGUGCGCUCCGAGCCCGGGCCGUGUGCCGGAGGCUGCUCCCGGCUGUGCACUCGGUCAGACGGGCUCACAGUCUGGACGUGGCCGCUCCUCUGCUCCGGACACAGGCGUACAUAAACGGCGGCUGGACCUCUGCCGCCUCCGUGUUCCCGGUGCUGGACCCGGCCACAGGAGAGGAGCUGGUGCGGGUUUCGGACUGCGGCCCCGGAGAAGCGAAGCGAGCCGUGGACGCCGCGUACGAAGCCUUUCACUCCUGGAAACAGUUCACCGCCAAAGAGAGGAGUUUGGUGCUGAGGAGGUGGUUUGAUCUGAUGAUGCGACACAAAGAUGAUCUCGCCAAAAUCAUCACCUUUGAGUCUGGUAAACCUUUAUCGGAGUCCGUGGGGGAGAUCUUGUACUCGGCGUCAUUCUUGGACUGGUUUUCUGAGGAGGCGCGCCGAGUCUAUGGCGACAUCGUGCCCUCGCCCUUUAAAGACCGACGCAUGCUGCUCCUCAAACAGCCUGUGGGCGUGGCCUCCAUCAUCACGCCGUGGAACUUCCCAAGUGCGAUGAUCACGAGGAAAGUUGGUGCCGCGCUGGCUGCUGGCUGUACCGUGGUCAUCAAACCGGCCGAGGACACGCCCCUUUCAGCGCUCGCUCUGGCCGAGUUGGCGGAGCAGGCUGGAGUUCCAGAGGGGGUCGUGAAUGUGGUACCAUGUUCCAGAGAAAACACACCGUCCGUGGGGCAGGUCCUGUGCACCGACCCCCUGGUGGCCAAGAUCUCCUUCACCGGCUCCACAGCAACUGGAAAGCUCCUGUUAAAGAUGGCCGCCGACACAGUAAAGCGUGUUUCCAUGGAGCUGGGAGGCCACGCCCCCUUCAUCGUGUUCGACAGCGCGGACCUGGACCGCGCCGUGAGGGGAGCCAUGGCAUCAAAGUUCAGGAACUCAGGACAGACGUGUGUGUGUUCAAAUCGCAUCCUGGUGCAGAGCGGGGUGUAUGAGGCAUUCCUUCAGAAAGUGAGCAUGGCUAUGGACCGGGAGCUCAAAGUGGGUCACGGAAUGGAACCCUCAACCACCCAAGGCCCACUUAUCAACCAGAGAGCAGCCGAGAAGGUGGCACACCAGAUCUCGGACGCAGUGUCUCUGGGGGCAAAAGUUCUGAAAGGAGGCUCGCGAUUGGCCGGUUCGUUUGUAGAGCCCACCCUCCUCGCUGAUGUCACCACCGCCAUGCUGUGCGCCAGAGAGGAGACGUUCGGCCCCGUGAUGCCCGUGCUCAGGUUUGACACUGAGAAGGAGGCUGUGGCCAUCGCUAACGCAACUAAUGUGGGUCUGGCGGGGUACUUCUUUUCACGGGACGUGUCUCAGAUCUGGCGCGUGGCGGAGGCGUUGGAGGUGGGCAUGGUGGGGGUGAAUGAGGGGCUCCUGUCGGCCGCUGAGGGGGCCUUCGGGGGAUACAAGCAGUCGGGACUCGGGCGCGAGGGCUCCAAGUACGGCAUCGACGAAUACCUACAUGUCAAGUACGUGUGCUACGGAGGACUGGAGCCGUGAAGCAAGCCAUGCCAAGGGACCGCCAAGCACACAGGAAUCAUACGCCAUCACACAACAAUUUACAAACCAUCACAUGCCAGUCUACGCGCCAACAAUACAGCAGUCCACAUGCCAAUCACACACCUUUCUAAAUUCGAGGCUCACAGCACCUUACUCAUGGAACCACUCACCCAUUCAUACACCAGUGGCUCCAGACACUGGGGCUGAGGUGGGUUAAGUGUCUUGCCUAAGGAUACAACAGCAGUAUUCAUUUGUAGUAGUCGAAAACUCGCCACCAACUUGUGUGCUGUGGAUCUGUCCGCUCUACCAACAAUGUUUUGUGUUGAGUGAGAUUCAAACUACCAACCGUAGCUCAGUUGGUAGAGGACGAGCACUCUACCAACAGGCAACGCACACAGCAAUGUACACACACUACAAAGCACACAGGCUCCCUAAAUGUUCGCCAUUUCAUUUUGAGGCAGUACUAGUAUUCAGUGUAGUAUUCAUCCAUCCUAAACUUAACCAAACAAUCUGCUCCUAAACCUAAUCCCAACCCUAACAACCGGAUGGUGAAAUAACAUAUUAGGCAAAAAUAAACAUUUGCUAAAACAUAAAAAAAAUUAGACACUAACUACUACCCCAGAACGAAAUGCUGAACAUGCCAAUCCACACGCCAACACCAAUCUGUGGCACAUGGGCACAUGGGCGCUCCAAUGAAAAGGGACUAAAGUGAAAGAUUCUACAUAAAGACUCGUGUAAGAUUAACAACACUGACAGAAGUUUCCAUGUGUGUCUUUACAGAUAAUAAACAUUUGUAUUUUAGAAUUAUAAGAAAGAUUCGGUUUGACGGUAAAAUGAUAAAAACUGUCUCCAUCUCUCUUUGAAAUUAAUGUGAAACAUUUUUGUAGUUUUUAUAGAGUUACAAAAAUAUCUUUACUUUUGUACCAAAACCUGAACAGUGACUAAUGAACAAACGUUUAUUUAAUUUUUGCUAUUAAUUUAUUUUUGUUAUUUAGAUUGAUGUUGUCGUAAAAUGUGUUUGAAAUGAUGUUUUGCUAAACAUGAUGUUUCAUGAUCAGGGUGCCAUAAUGCCUGUUGGAUGCAUGUUUUUUUACAUUGUCUUAAUAUUAUUUUGAGUUAACAUCAUAUUUUUGUUGACAAAAAACUAAAUAAAAGUGAUUUAUGAAUCACAAAAUUA